UGCGGAGCGUUUGCUCUCCUUUAUGUGAAGACUAUGGCUCUGCGAAAGAACACCCUCGUGUUGCUGAUUCUCAUAUCUUCGUUCUCAAUAUUUAUCGCCAGCAUAUCUGAUAUAAUAUCUGUCAAUAUUGAGGCAAUGGAAGCUAGGGCCGUCGACAGCAGCAACAAAAUGUCACACAUUUCUGGAGACCGAGGGACUAUCAUGUCGAACAACGCCGACAACCUUCUUUGGUUUUUACAGGUAUCGGACACCCACAUCAGCAUUUUCCGAGACCCUUCACGCCUGUCAGAUCUGCACAGUUUUUGUAAACUGACUAUUCCAGCCAUAAAACCUUCAGUUGUUCUGGUCUCAGGAGAUCUAACUGAUGCCAAAGCUGAGGAUAACAUGGGUUCUGCCCAGUACGAGCAAGAAUGGAAGAACUACAGAGAUCUCCUCAACAAAUGUAACCUUGGCAAUCACACUACCUGGCUUGACAUACGAGGAAACCAUGACAAUUUUAAUAUACCUGACGCCAAGUCUUCUUGGAAUUACUAUCGUCAAUAUUCUCAACAGGGCAAGAAAAACCCUCGCUCAUACUUGUACCAACUUUCCAAAGGAAAUGUGCUGUAUUCCUUUCUUGGUGUUGAUGCUUGCCUUGAACCAGGGCCUCGUCGACCUUUCAACUUUGUUGGGAUGUUAAAUGUUCAAGAGGGCAACCAUGUGAAUUCACUAAUUCAGCAGGUUGAAUCUUCAGGGAGCAAUUACACCAUAUGGUUUGGACACUAUCCCACUUCCUGUAUUUUGUCUAGUGGGCCUGAAGAUAUUAGAGACCUUAUUGGCAAACACAAUGGUUCCCUUGUGUACUUGUGUGGCCACUUCCAUACAUUUGGUGGGACUGUACCCAACAUGUACACUCUCCAAAAGAAAGGAUUCCUUGAACUAGAACUUGGUGAUUGGAUGGACAAUCGAUUGAUCCGUCUCUUGGCUGUUGACCAUGGUCUUCUUUCAUUUGUUGACUUGAAACAUGGAGAGUGGCCAGCUAUUCUGGUAACGAAUCCAAAACAUGCUUUGUACCACAUUGUUGGCAGGGAACCUCGAAACCUCAUUGCUACUUCUACGCAUGUGCGUAUUUUAGUUUUUUCUCUGGACAAAAUAAAACUGGUUCAAGUACGAUUCAAUGAAGGCAGCUGGGUCAAGGCUAAUCAUGAAGGAGGGCCCCUGUUCACUGUUCCUUGGAUGCCCGAGUUGUAUGCAACUGGAGUGCACUACAUGCAGGUCAAAGCUGUUGAUUCAACAGGAAGAAAUCAGACAAUCACUCAUCCAUUUUCUGUUGAUGGAACCCGCUUGACUUUCAGGUUUCUUCCUCGUUUCAUUCUAAUGUCCAACAUAAGCACUGUGUUUCAGGUAUUUUUCGGUGCAACAUUAUUUGUUUGUGUUGUUCCACUGUGUUUUGUUAAGUAUCUGCAUUCUCAAGUUACUGCCAAAAAAAGAGAGAGACCUCAUCUUCGACCACGAUACUUAAACCUUUGGCUUAGACGAUUAUGGGUUCUGUCCAGCAUUGACCGUAUAUUUUAUCCGCUUACUCUCUAUGCUGUCUAUAUAACAGUAGGCCCUUGGUCCAUUGGGGCUGUCAUAGAGGGUCAUGUUGGUGCAAUUUUUGCAUGGGGUAUUAUUGUGAAUGGAUCUUAUUUGCCAGGAUCAUUUACUUAUGCCUAUGGCUUUCUUCAGUUGCUUGUGGUACAAGUACCUCUAACACUGAUUCUUUCUUGUUACUUGCACAAGAGAUUAAUGUGGAGAAUCAAAGGCAAAAAAGUGUGUUUUAAGGACAGUUGGCCAAGCCAGACUGCCUUUGGAGUCCUCAUAGCCCUUCAGAUGAUGUUCGCUUACUUCUUUUGGCUUGCAUAUGGAACCAUGGCCUUCUUCCUUGGUCCUCUGAGAACCUGGUCAACUUUACUCAGUGCUUUCUUGUGGUAUCAAGCGGUCUUUCUUCCUGAUUACUGUUUGAGGGAAGCAAGAGAUGUGUGGAGUCCCAAGAAGGAUGUACCAAAAGCAGAGGAAAUACCUAUUGCUGUUAAUCCAUCUUCCUCCCAGUGAAUAGAGCUUCCACUAAGUGAAAAGUGUCACAUCAUUUGGCUGAUUUAUUUGUGAGCUUAUUUCAGUAACUUUGUUUUAAAUCAGAAAAAUUAUGAAUGUAAAUGUUAGAAUGGUUAUCUUUGAAGACUCAUUUUUCUCUGCAGUGUUUCUUUGCUCGCCAAGGGUUAUUAUGUGCCACCUUUUCUAUGUUUACUCCAUUUUAAAUGUUAUAUUUUCAAAAGCAAAUUCUGUGCUGUGAUUCUUUUUAAAUAUUAGUAAAUGUACAUUAUGUCAAAAGUUUUCAAUAUUGAUUAUGUUCAAGUGUGUUAACUCGGGCAUUUCAGUUGGCUCAGCACUUGAGCUCUGAGAGGCUUACAGAGGAAAGUAACUUGUCUAGUCUGUGGCCAAAUCUUUUAUCUAUGUUUUACUCUUAGGUUCUUGUGUAAAGUGUAGGUGUAUAUUCCUACAGAUAACUAAAGCAGAGACUUUCCGCUUUUGUAUAUGCUCUUUUGUAACUGCUUUUGUGCUAAUGUGUAUACGUAAUGCUAAUGCAUUUUGUGAAUACUGCUACAUACCAAAUCAAAAAUAUCUAGAUCUCAAGUAGGACUUAAGUGUUAACUUAUUGUGAGGUGUUCCUAGCCUAAAGCCUAGAUAUGACAUUGACUUGUGAAAGAUGGCAGGUAAAAAUUAAAAAAAAAAAA